AUGCCCAUGUUGUUCACCUGGCUGUCACAGAUGGGCUCUACCGCCGUGGUCACCGAGAAGAGCUGGCGUUGUGUUGAGGAUGGAGACUAUUGGUCAGUCGGGGUGAGAGAAGAAAUCUACAAGAGCGUGGAGCAAAUUUUGCCAGGCAUUUCCACAAAUCAAGGCGCGUCUGCUCGGCCUACAGCAACGGAACAGUCUGAGGAACGAGGCCCGACACUUCGCACUAAACGACACUGUUCAGGAAUCUGGAGCGGCUGGGACGAUCUCUACCGCAGCAAUUCCAAGAUAGUCACAUCAGGUGCAGACGCGGAGAUAAGUGCGUUUUUUGGCGAACCCCUCAUUGCCCUCAGAAGUUCCUCUCCAGUGGUGAAAAGCAAACCAGCAGCGUUUUCCUCUGCUGGCUCCAACGGCAAAAAUCUAUCUCUGUCCGCCACCAACUACUGUGCCCAGUGA